AUGAACCAGCUGCAGCCUGACCUGCUGUGGAAGCCGCCUCGCGCCCGUCCCGCUCUGCAGCGCUGGGGCCGGGGCGGGCGCGCGCCCGGCGCUGAUUGGCUGCCGCCCGCCGCCAGCGCCGCCGCCGCCGCUCCAAGUUUGUGCCCGGGCGGAGCCGCCGCCGCCCGCGCGCUGCUCCCGGCCCUGCGCGCUCCCUUCCCCGCCGCCGCACGGCGGGGUCCUGCCCGGCCGAGCGCCGGAGGGGCAGCGGUCCGGCCGCGGCGGGGCGCGGACGGCGGCGCUGAGGCGGCUGAGGGGGGCGGUGUGGGUCCCCGAGCGGGCGCCCUGCGGUCGCUGAACAUCACCCCGGAGCAGUUCGCUCAGCUCCCGCGGCACAGCGACGUGACGCGGGAGCAGUUCAUUGCGCUCUACGGGCUGCAGCCGCUGGUGUACAUCCCGGAGCUGCCGGAGCGCCCCGAGGUGGCCUUCGUCCUCAGCUGCCUUCUCGUCUUCGGCCUGGCGCUCUUCGGCAAGUGCCUGGUGCUCCACGUGGUGACCCGCAGCAGAGCCAUGAGGACCGUCGCCCACAUCUUCGUCUGCUCCCUGGCGCUCAGCGACCUCCUCGUCGCCGCCUUCUGCGUGCCCUUUACCGUGCUGCAGAACAUCUCCUCCAAGCGGCUCGGCGGUGCCUUCGCUUGCAAGAUGGUGCCGUUUGUUCAGUCCACUGCUGUUGUGACUGAGAUUCUUACAAUGACCUGCAUUGCUUUGGAAAGACACCAGGGAAUUGUGCAUCCACUAAAAAUGAAGUGGCAGUACACCAAUAAAAGAGCUUUCACGAUGCUUGGCAUAGUCUGGUUGCUGGCUCUUAUUGUUGGGUCGCCCAUGUGGUACGUGCAACGGCUUGAGGUUAAAUAUGACUUUCUAUAUGAAAAGGUGCAUGUUUGUUGCUUGGAAGAAUGGACCAGUCCUGUUUAUCAGAAGAUCUAUACGACCUUUAUUCUUGUUAUACUCUUCCUUCUUCCGCUGAUGCUUAUGCUUUUUUUGUACACUAAAAUUUGCUAUGAACUCUGGAUUAAGAAACGAGUGGGAGAUGCUUCAGUUCUUCAAACCAUUCAUGGGAGUGAAAUGUCUAAAAUAUCAAGGAAGAAGAAGCGAGCAAUUGUUAUGAUGGUGACAGUGGUGUUUCUCUUUGCAGUCUGUUGGGCCCCCUUCCAUGUGAUCCAUAUGAUGAUGGAAUACAGUAAUUUUGAGAAGGAGUAUGAUGAUGUGACAAUCAAAAUGAUCUUUGCAAUUGUCCAGAUCAUAGGAUUCUUCAAUUCUAUUUGCAACCCUAUUGUGUAUGCUUUCAUGAAUGAGAACUUCAAGAAGAAUUUUCUCUCUGCCCUCUGCUUCUGCAUUUUGAAAGAUGGCACAUCCCCAGGCAGGCAGCUUGGGAACUCAGGAAUUACCAUGAGGCUGCAAAAGCCAAGUGCAUCUCGGAGAGGUCCUAUGGGUUCGGAUGAAGGCAGGAGGGAGGCAUUCAGUGAUGGCAACAUUGAGGUCAAGUUCUGUGAUCAGCCAGCUUCCAAAAGGAAUUUGAAAAGGCACCUGGUCCUGUUCAGCUCUGAGCUUACUGUGCACUCUGCAGUAGGAAAUGGACAGUAGCAUCACAAGGGGCUUGGGAAUGGAGAAGUUGUUCUCUUUAUGAUCAUUUCAAUAAGCCAUUUAAAAGAGUUUCCUACUUUGCAUGCUGAAAGGAGAGGGGGAAAAUGAUGCGUAAACUCUAAUAAUGUUGGGAUAGUGGCUGAGAAAAUGUAAUAUUUAUUUUGUAAUGACGAGGAGUAAAACUUUGGAAAACAACACAACACUAUGAUUUCCAGGAGAAAAAAAAAAAAUCUUCCUGAGCUAACUUAGAUAAACAAAACAACUGCUGCUUGUUCCAUUUAUUCCGUGCCUGAACUAUACACAGGUGAAUGCCAGAAGACAGGAACUAUGUAGAGAAUGUGCACCUUUUUGGGAUGACUUGGAAGUUUGACAUGGGGCUGAUGUUUUAAGAUCUGCUCACUGCAGCUUUGAGAACAGAGCAGCUUCAGAUCUGAGUCCAGGAAGGAUGGAGACUGAGAUGCAAUUCUAUCUUUUAAAAAAGAAAGGGAAUAUGAAAGAGUUAUCCAGAACAUGACUGAAGAGAUUGAAGAUUUAAACAUCACAUGGAUGUUUCAAUUUUGGUAACAGAAAGCAUAUUGAUAGUUAACAAUUCAUACAUAAUUACAGUGCUGUUUUUACAGGUUAAUUCUUGCGUACAAAUUUAAAUGCCAUAGUGCUGCCCUGCAAACGGCAUUGUUUGCUGCAAAAUGGAGAAGCUGAAAAAGUGCUGUACAAGAAAGUGCAGAUGCAGAAGGUGUGGCUGUAAACACUGAAUUGAACUUCCAGUCGUCCUUAGACGUGUGACUCUCAGGUUGAAAGGGUGGUGUUGCUGUUUUCUGGAGGGUUAUAGGGGCCCGAUCCAGAGCCAGUUGGGACUUAACAGAUGAUUUUCAAUGGAAUAUCAUUGCCUUUUGACCAGACACUUCUCUGAAGACAUGCUUGUAUUUUUCUGUCUGUCCAUCAUCUUCAAAGGGGAUUAAUUGCUGUCUGAGAACUGGGCCAGUGCUUUGUGAUUUUAGGCUUCACAGUAAAGUGUGGGGUUGAUAUCUAUAUAAAUUUUAAAUAUUUUUGCUCUUGGUGGGCCAAACUGCAAAAUUGCAAAGGUAUGUUUGCAACUGUGGGACUGGGGGAGAAGCGUGAUCUGGGCUGGUACACUGGGAUCUGAUCCCAUAAAUGAGGCCUUGAAAUACAGAAUUUGCCCCUCCAGCUGAGGGAGGUUAGGUUGGAUCCUUUAACCUGUCAGUGCUCUCUUUUGUCACCCCUUCCCUCACCUAUGGGACCUUGGUGCUGCCUUGGCAGUCAAUUUAAGAUUCUUUUACAUUGCUGCUUUACACUUCAUUGUAAAUGAAAACUUUGGGUAAAAUAGCCUUCUGUAAUUUGGAAGUAAAGUAAUCUGAUGCUUCUCUCAUGUCUACAGAUUGCAAUGGAUUUGUGACACACUUUAUUUACAUAUAUAUGUUUUAUAUUCUAUAUGAUACACUCCUGUGCAAUGACAGAAAGUUCCUGACUUGUCCUGAGGGCCAGGAAUUAAAAAUUUAAUGGGUUAUUAUCACAGUUUUCCUCAGCAGUUGUAAUAACUGCGUGAUGGUGAGAACUGUGUGUUUGGAUAGAAUCUAUGACUGAAAACUAAUUUAUUUUAAGCUGUUUAUUUGCACUGCUAAUUUCAG